AUGCGUUUCCUAUACUACCUCCGAGGCCUGACUCUUCACGCGGUACUUAUUCUGUCCGCAUGCUUUCUGAAGAGUUACGGAGGCGUCGAAGCCAACAAUGUUUUCGGAAUAUAUCCUCUAGAAGUACAGCCGCAGGACCCGAAAGCGGAUUUGGAUCCCAGUGCCACAGACAGACGAGAUGAUACUAUAGGUUCCUACUAUGACGGGGGUAUGGGCAAACUGCCCCUGAAGUCACCCGCUUCAUCUACCUUACGAGAUCGCCUGGUCGGGAUGUUAUUUUCCAACUACAAAACACACGAAAGGCCCACUGAGCUGCUGGAUGUGGCCACUGUUGUCGAAGUAAACAUGAAGGUCCUGGCCAUCUUCUCGGUGGAUGUACGCACCAUGGAUUAUUACAUUGAUGCCCUGCUUCGUCAAACUUGGACUGAUCCCCGACUGGCUUGGGACACCUCAAAGGAAUUCGAAAACUUCACUCAAGCCCUCGUUUCGCCAACACUGAAGGAGAGCCUUUGGUUGCCCGAUCUAUUUUUCCGCAAUGGUAAGGACGGAUAUCUGCACAAAAUGACCCUGCCCAACUACCUCUUACGUGUCUACCCCAACGGCCACGUCCUCUACAGCCAAAAGAUUACCAUGCGGUUUUCCUGUCAAAUGGAUCUUCAAACUUUUCCCAUGGAUACCCAACACUGUCACAUGAAUAUCGGCAGUUAUGGGUACACACUGAAUGAACUGAAAUUCACCUGGCGGCCAGAAAGCCCCGUCGAACUGCCCGACAAACUGCAGAUUUCCGAGUUCAACACGCCCUCAAAUUUCACCACCAUUGACUGCACUGCCAUGUCUUCCACCUCGACCGGCAAUUACACCUGCCUGAUGGCAAAGUUCGCCCUGAAACGUCAACUUGGCUCCUAUCUGGUAACCACCUACAUUCCCAACAUCCUCAUCAUCAUGGUCUCCUGGUUGAGCUUCUAUGUCAGUGUUGACGCCGCGCCGGCUCGUGUCCCCUUGGGUCUGCUUAGUCUCCUGGGUCUGCUGACUCAGGCCUCUUCCGUGACCGCUAACCUACCCCGCGUCUCCUACAUUAAGGCUAUCGACCUCUGGCUCAUAUUCUCCAUCAUCUUUGUCAUCAGUGUUCUAGUCGAGUACGCGAUUGCGAUAACGCUGUUGCGACGAAAACGGCGAGAGAACUGGCGCAACGAUGUGGAGACUAUUGUGAAGGAGGAGCUGGCUCGCUGGUGUGCUGCCUGUCAACAGACCCAGUUGGCCAACAUGCAGCUCAAUUCGGGCGCAGUGGCGCACGAAUUCAGCCAACAGUUUGCCUUCUACAAUGACCUUGACCUCUUCCUGACUCGCACCGUCAUUGAGGAGUCCCAAAAGAAGUCACGAAAGACGAAGAUUCCCGAGGCCACAGAGUCCGAGAUUGACGCCUACAGUCGUUUCCUGUUUCCCACCUGCUACAUCAUGUACAAUGUCUUCUACUGGCUCUACUACCUGGUGAUUGUAAAACAAGGUGAAGAGACAGAGAGUUGA